AUGUGGGGAAGUUAUCUGCAGUGCAUAGACUCUGAUACAGCUGCUCUGGUCCAGACAUACAGUCUUCAGAUCCAGACGCUGUCUUACUCUCAGGCUAUUUAUCCAGUUGUGGGGGGCGACAGCACUAUCCCACAAGGCUGUGGGGUGGCCAUCGCCUCCGAUAAAUGCACUGUUCACCUCAUGCUGAAGGGUUUGAUUGAUUUGGAAAAGGAGGUCACUAAACUGACAGCAAAGAAAGGGGAGCUGGAGAAACAGAUGGAAAAGAUGAAGGAAAAGAUGGCCAAGAACGACUACAAGGAGAAAGUUCCUGUUAAAGUGCAGGAGGGAGAUGCUGAGAAGCUGAGGCAGAAUGAAACAGAACUGCAAAAAGUGAAUGAAGCCAUCGAGAACUUCAGAAAGAUGAUGUAACAACUCCUCUUCAUCAUGUGUUUUCUAUCAUUUAUGAAUUGUUUUCAUUCUUUUGUUCUCUCUGUCUAAUGUAUGUCAGUCCUGCCUACUGAACAAUAAUGUGGGGAAGUUUGAAUAAAAAUCAACCUUAGAUGGAAAAUUA